AUGGAGGUUCUGCCAGCAACCGACGACCGAGAGGCGCCUCAAACAGUCACGAUGGAAGGAGCAACCCACCUCAUCGACCUGCCAGACGAGCUCAUUCUUUCCAUUUUGGAACUCCUUUGUCGCCACUGCGAUGGUCGAAACGGCGGAAGUUUCCAGGCGGAACGCGAUAACCAUAAGGGACUGGUCUCAUUCUCAAAGACCUGCUUUCGCUUCCACAAGCUUGUGCGACCCUACCUCUUUCACCACGUCUGCUUCAACUACGACUACCUAGAGAUUCGAGAGCGCUCCUGGCAGGGCUCGAAGCACGAGAAGGCCCUGUUCAAACUUUUGCGAAGUUUGGCUGGCGACCACGUUCCAGACCCUGACGCGCUGGAGGCUGCUGGCAAGCGGAGCCUUGCGAACGGCAUCGAUGACUUGGCCACCUCCAUCAAGCACCUUGAAGCUAACCUGACCCCCAAUCUGCACGUUGACAGCGGCAAGGUCGGAAGGAAAGGCCCCAGAGGGGACGCCAUUGGCUUCGACUGGCUUCCUGAGGUUCUCAACCGUGCCACUCAUUUGGAACAUCUCGAGCUGCAUAUGGAGCUUCCCCUCAUUAAGCAUGGUGGCUUUAUCUGGAGCAUGGACCGGUAUGGCCGCGACAAAUACGACUCUAUCAAGACGCUCAGCCUCAUUUACCGUGCCGACUGCUACGACAAGAUCGGCAAAUUUGAUCUCAGGGACACCUACAUGAUCAUCAACCGCUGCAACAACCUUGCCACACUCGAAAUUCACGGAAUAGGAGGCAUAGGCGAGCGUUUCAUCGAAGAAACCGACCAUGUCACCUCCCAGCUCAAGACCUUGCGCCUGACAAACUGUUCCUUGUCUUACGACGACAUAUUUAUUCUCACCUCAGGCAUCGAGAACUUGGAGAGCUUCACCCUCGGGCGCGGCGAGCUCCGCAGAUUCCAGUUGAUCGCUGAGCAGGGCGACUAUGCCAGUGUCGUGAUGGACUCCCUGAUUUCCCCCGCAAAUAUCACUGCUCGCCUGGCAGGUAUGAGCUCCCACAGCCUGAGACACCUCGAGCUCGGUCCCUUCGAUAUGAAGUUUUGGGAGAGCCUUUGGCACGAAAAUCCAUCUGGAACUACGGCCGAAAACCUCGAGAACAUUCGAAUUGCCACAAUCGGUACCCUACGUUCUUUCGAAAAGCUCGAGCAUGUUCAGCUUGCCCAGGACUCCAUUCUCGGCGUCCCCAACAUGUGGACCUCUCGAUACGGUAUUCCUGACGUGUGGCCGGGUGACAUACCCACAGAGGAAGAACUCGGGUUGCGCCGUAUCGACACCAGCUUGCCUGAUCCCGACGGCACCCGCCUAGUCAGCAUGCUUCCGCGUACCCUCAAAUACCUUCGCCUUACGCAUGUCAACAACAACCUGGCAGACAGCCUGCAAACCUUUGCCUCUGCCGUCGCUGAUGGAGCGUUCCCCGCAUUGAAGGAGGUAUCCCUACACGGCCAGGAUCCUCUCAUGGAGCGCUACCGGUACGGACCCCGCUUCCAGAUUGAAAUUCUUUUCGCUCUAGAGCGGCACUGGAAUUUCUUAAGGAACCACGUCCUCGAGAAGAUGAAGGGAUUGCUGGAGCGGGCUGGCGUCAAUUUCUCCUGGGACGCGAUGGGAAGCAACCGCCCCCCUGAGGGAUGGCCCGGCAACCCGAUGUUGCAGUCCUUAGGCAUGGAGCCAACCCCUCCCAUGACGCAAGAAGAAGUUGCUUUCAAGGACUUCAGCAAGGAACGUCACAACAUGUCCAUCAUGCUGCGGCGAAAAUAUGCGGCUCUGGGCUCCACUGGCACCCUGGAGGAAGAUAACGAUCCCCCGGUGAUCGUUCUGUUGCCUGGUGGGAGAGAGCUUCACUUGAACAGUAGAGGGGAGGCGCGUUUGGAGUAUCGGAACCGCGAUCAGUGGGGAAACCUGGUUGAUGAAGACCCUAUUCAAUCAGAUCUUGACUUGGAUUGA